UCUACCAGAACUUACCCUACACUCAUGCUGAACCUGCCGGAUCUGCCCAACGAGCUUCUGCAUCAAAUUGCUGAACAUCUACAUCCACCAGACUGGCAUGAUUUGGAGGGGCGAAAUACCAUGCACGGGUUACAAUCCUUCUCUCUCAUCUGCCGAAGGUCUCGCGACGUUGGCCAAGCGCACGUCUUCCGUGAUAUCGUCUUUUCCUUUCGCUGUGCAAUCGAAGACGAGCGUUGGCUUGCAGAAGACGGGACUACACUGCCGGAGUGGGAUCACAGGGGGGAAAACGAACCAGGCUCGCCCUAUCGUACACUUGCGAUAUUUUGCACCUUCAUGCGAGAGUAUCCAUCGCUUGGUCAGGCGAUCAGGCGGCUCAAGCUCAUCGCGUAUCCUCGGGGCCCACUAAUUACUAACCAUGAUUCUGGGCCCCGCCCAUCCAACCUUGGAGACGACAGCUCAACGGAAGCCUUGCUUCUGCAUCAACUCAUUGCCCUCACACCCCUACUCGAGGAGCUUGAGCUGAAAGACAUGCUCAUUACUAGCACUACCGAAUAUUGGGAAACACUCAGUGGCCCCCUUCCUGCGUUGCGUCGCCUCGAUAUCGACUACCUGAAGCGCACUGAUUCUCAGGGCCAUGUCGGCGAUAUUCUCGGCUGUUUCAGCACGAUCGGGAACGUACGUGUCAGAAACCUCCCGCGGCUGCACGAGUGGCCCGAUGACAUCGCCCCUCCCAACAUGCGUAUCGCAUCGUUCACUUGUCUGGACGAGGGUUCCGAAGUGGAAGUUCUUCUGGACUACGUCUACGAUUCGCCUUCCGUGGAGACUCUCAGGGAAUUAUACACUGGGUUCAGUCCCUCAGCAUUUCCUGUGUACGAUGAGUUGCUCUCACUCGUUCGACCAAAUCUCGAAUGCAUCGGGAUUACCGUUUCUCAGCCAGGAGUCUUAAGAGCAGACUAUGACCCACCCCCGAAUCUCUCGCCGUAUACCAAGCUUCGCCGCCUGCUUCUGAAGUGCAUGAUGUACCACGACAUGGCGCCCAUUAACAACGCUGAGUGGGAUAGACUCAUCACUGUACUAUCCUCCUGUCAGACAUGCGACCAUCUCGCGUCUGUAGACAUCCUAGUGUGGUGUCCCCGCGGGAAUAUCUCCUGGCUGCAAUCUCUCAACACCUCCGCUAGGCGGCGGAUGGAGGACGUUCUGCUGAAGCUUGUCGAGGUGACGUCUCUUCGUGCGACGCGUUUUAUGCUUUGCUGCCGUCAGCCACUUUCUGCUUCAGCCGAAGGGCUGCUUCGUCACGCAUUGCCUCGCCUGGCCGAAAAGGGGAUUUUAAGAGUUGCAUAUUCUGCCCGCCCUGAUAUCCCUGCUGAAAUUACCUGAUUGGUUUGUGAUCACUUUGUCUAAGUGUGACUUAUCUGACGAAUUCUUUACG